AUGAGCGUAGAUCAAAUGAAGGAUUUGUACAAUACCAUUGUCGAAUCUGAUGUGAAAGUUCAAGCACUUCUUCAAACUCGCGAAGGCUUAAAAGGAAUCGACAUGGAUGUCUACAAAAGUAAUACGGGAAGAGCGGCAAAGGAGUUUUUACGAAAGUCGCUGCAAAGGAUGGAAAUCACUUGGCCUUUUGGAGGAAACCAUCACUUCUACGUCAAUGAUCCUGAAGUGACAGCCGAGCAUGUGAAGGAAUUCAUCGAACAGUAA